AUGGAGUUUUUCAACAAAACCAAAGUGGUGAGACUGAAAAGCCACCUUGACAAGUACCUAAUCGCGGAAGACAACGAAGAAACAGUUCGUCAAAGCCGCAUUGACGGUGCUUCAAGGAAAACCCACUGGACAGUAGAGCUCGUACAAGGCAACAGCCAUGUGGUUCGACUACGUAGCUGCUACGGCAAGUACCUCACGGCGUCCGACGAGUCUUUUUUGCUGGGAAUGACCGGAAAGAAAGUGUUGCAGACGAUCCCGAUGGGCGGAAACGACAGCGUAAUAGAAUGGGAACCGAGAAAAGAUGGUUUCCAAGUGAAGCUGAGGGCAAAAUGGGGAGGGAAAUAUUUGCGUGCAAAUGGGGGAACGCCUCCUUGGAGAAACUCGGUCACUCACGACGUUACUCCUCAUAGAACCGCAACCCAUGAUUGGAUUCUUUGGGAUGUUGAAGAAGUUGCCGAUAAUUCGGAUGAUGAUGAUGAUGAUCAUUUCCGGUCUGAUUUUUUGUCGCUUAGGUCAACUCCUUCUUGGUCUUCCGAAUGGUCGGACACUGAUAAUAAUCUACAGCCGAUUAAUUCUGAAACUUUUGGAUCUUCAGAUGAAACACAGAGUGGAAUGGAGCUUUUCCAAAAAGCCAAAUCGGUACGCCUGAAAAGUCACCACGAGAAAUACCUACUAGCCGACGAAGACGAAGAAACGGUCUGCCAGGAUCGCAAUGGUUCAUGCAGGCAAGCCAAAUGGACCGUCGAAUUCGUCGGUGAUGCCAACGUUUUGCGCUUCAAAAGCUGUUACGGCAAAUACCUGACGGCUUCUAAUAUGCCAUUCUUCUUCGGAAUGUCCGGUAAGAAAGUCCUCCAAACGCUGCCCAAGAGGUUGGAUUCUUCCGUUGAAUGGGAACCAAUCAGGGAAGGUUUCCAGGUCCGCCUCAAGACGCGGUACGGCCAGUACCUCCGCGCUAAUGGUGGGCUGCCGCCGUGGAGGAAUUCCAUCACCCACGACAUCCCUCACAGAACCGCCACGCAGGAUUGGAUUCUCUGGGAUGUCGAUAUCGUGGAGAUUCGUGUUCCUUCUCCAGAAAAGAAACAGCCGGAACCUGUCCGCAUUGUAGCACCACCUCCUCCUCCACCUGGAUUAUUGCCUUCUGAACCCAAUUCUCCUGCCAAAAUCGAACUCACGACUCCCACAUUUUCAAAACAAGAGCCAAAUGAUCAUUCUGAGGGUUCGCCUGUGAAGGAUGAAGGAAGGAAUAUAUGCUACCAUGUGGCCAAUGAGAAAGGAGAAGUUGAUGAUAGAAGUGAAGGGCUUUCCUUCACGUUCAAAGGUGAUGGUGUUGAGGAGUUGAAGGAGAAACUCAAGGAGGAAACAGGGCUUGACAAUAUCGUUGUAUGCACGCGCAGUCCUUUGAACGGCAAGCUUUUUCCCCUUCGUUUACGGCUUCCUCCUAACAAUGCAGAUAUGAAUGUUGUUGUGGUUCCUUCGUCUAAAGCAACUGAACCUGAGAGUCCCAUUGCGCAUUGGGCAUCCGCCAGCAGCUAACCACUUCAAUUACGCAUAUGUUCUGUAUAUUCAGCUUUCAUUUUUGUGCUGGGACUCGAUGAGAAAAGUUGGGGAAAGAAUCGUAUGAUUGUAUGCCAUUACUGAAGCAGUAGAGAAGGGGAAGCCCUGUAUUAUUUACAACAACCGUACAAUGUUGUGUGGGAAAGUUUCAGUAAUUUAGUACUAUCAUUGGGGAUUAGAUGGAAUCCGUUGAGUUGGGGAUUAGAUGGAAUCCGUUGAGGCAAGUGGACUUGUUUUUGUCUACCAAUUUUCUUUUUUCUUUUGUUGUUAUUAGUAUUUUAUGUUACUAUUUUUACUACGAGAUAAAUUUGUUCAGACAAAUCUAUGGAGUUCAACAUUCUGUUUUAACCUAAAAUUUUAAGGAACCUAUAACAAGGCAAGGGAGAAAAAAAAAAAGAAAAAGGAGGAGCACUUUAUAAUUCA